AUGACAAUGCUCCACGGGUUCAGCUGCCCAUUGCCGUUGGUAAAGCCUUCGAAUGUCUUAGAGAAAGGAACGAGUCAAAGAAAGGGAGUUAGAGAUACACCUCCCUUCUCAACAACCAACGAAAGGAAGAGACAGGGGUCGAAAACCGGGAAGAUCUCUGAAACCACUGCUUCUGAUUUCGACUCGACCAGUUAUGGAAGACACCACUGGAAGACUUAUACCUCUGAACUGAAACCCUUUCUUUCUGAAACCACUGCUUCUAAGAUGGAUACAGGACCAGCUAUGGACGAUGCCUAUGGUGAAAUCAUACCAUCUCGCUGGACCGCUUCUCAGAAACCUUGCGGAACGACACCGGCUUUGACCAUCUCAUGA